UAAAAUGCUGUUUGACGAAAUAUUUUGGUAUAUAAUGAAAUGGGAUCGUAGAUUAUGCAUCGUUGGUGUCUCUUGACCAUAUUUCGAAGUUGAUUCAGCCAGAAGCACGUCGCCACCCAACUAAGUAUGACAGACACAUCACACUACUCGGACGACUCGUCCUCGGACGUAGAGCUAGGGACAGCGUCUCGAGUCCAGCCCUAUAGAUCACGAUCAGGCGGGUACCAUUCAGAAAAAGAACACGAUGGACAUCGGCCAUGCGACUGUGAUGACGACCUGGAACAGAUGGCCUCUCGCGCCAGUGGCAGAUCACGAGCUAGUCGACCAGACAUCAACCGUACAGAAUCAUUGGUCUCUAGAAUACGAUCACGACCCGUACCUAAGUUUACUCACCCAUUGGCACGGCAGAAAACAACACAAGAUCAGCUCGUCGACUUCGAAGGGCCGGAUGACCCCUUUCAUCCCCUAAAUUGGUCACUACACAAGAAAGUAACCACCACGAUGCUUUAUGGUCUCGUGACCAUGACAGCUACGUGGGCUUCUUCUUCGUACUCAGCGGGCACGAAUCAGAUCGCGGAGGAGUUUCGCGUUGGCACGCAGGUUGCAGUUCUGGGAACGUCUCUAUUUCUCGUCGGCUUCGGUCUCGGGCCUCUGUUGUGGGCACCACUGAGCGAAGUCUACGGGCGGCGUCAAGCCGUCCUAAUACCCAUGUUUGUUUCCAUUUGUUUCUCGUUUGCGACUGCAACGGCGGAAAACUUGCAAACAAUUAUGAUUACACGGUUCUUCGGCGCUUUCUUUGCUUCUGCCCCCGUCACCAACACCGGCGGCGUCUUAGGUGAUCUGUUCUCCCCGGCGUAUCGCGGAAUCGCGAUGGCUGGGUAUGCGAUGGCUGUCGUAGGUGGACCAACCCUUGGGCCGAUUGUGUCGGCUGCUGUCGUAAUCCAGCCAUGGCUUGGCUGGAGAUGGACAGAGUACCUUACAGGAAUCUUACAGGCGUUCGUUUUGUUUAUGGCAACCAUAUUCAUUGAUGAGUCUUAUCCCCCCAAGCUGCUCGUCUAUAAAGCGCGACGACUACGUCAUGAAACUGGCAAUUGGGCCUUACAUGCCAAGUUUGAAGAAUGGGAUGUCAACAUCAAAGAGCUUGCAAGGAAGUUCUUGAUCCGUCCAGUCCAGCUACUUUGUACACCCAUCUGCUUCCUUGUGGCGUUAUAUGCUAGUUUCUGUUACGGCAUUCUCUAUAUGCAGCUUGGUGCAGUCCCUAUCAUCUUCGGAGAGAUCAGGGGCUGGAACUCGUUCCUCGCAGUGUUACCCUUCCUAGCACUCAUGCUAGGCUCACUAACAGGGGCCUUUAUCAAUAUCGCCAACCAAUUCCAGUACAACAAGGCAUACCACGCUGCAGGUGAUCGUGCUGUCCCCGAGAAACGUCUUCCGCCAAUGAUGCUCGGGUCGGUUUUAUUUGCGGCAAGUCUAUUCCUCACAGGCUGGACGGCUGAUCCUAGUGUGCAUUGGAUUGUGCCGAUCAUUGGGUUGUACUUGGCGGGAACUGGCUUCAACACAAUCUUCCAAGCGGCUCUUAAUUAUCUUGUUGAUACCUUUCAGAUGUAUGCAGCGAGCGCGGUAGCAGCAAAUACGUUCUUGAGAAGUUGUUUCGCGGCGGCCUUCCCGUUGGUGGUAUCGCCUCUUUAUCAUAAUAUAGGGGUUGGGCCGGGCUCGAGCAUAUUCGGCGGAUUCGCAUGCUUGAUGAUACCAGUGCCAUUUAUAUUUUGGAAAUAUGGAAAGACGAUACGUGCUGGUAGCAAGUGGAGUAAAGGGAGCGUGUAUUGAAUUAUGAUCUUGCCAUAAUAUAGAAAGGAAACGGCAGUUUUAACGACCUUCUCAUAUGUGGACAAUUUCCGGGGCAUUGGAUACUGAGGAUUGCCAUGAAUCUUACCUGUAACAUUAGUCUAAGAUUACACGGCAAGUGUUCAUUUAUUUGUUAUCGAACUCAGGGUGUUAGCAACCGUUGCUUGCUCAAGGUUCUGGAAGGUGGUCUAUUGAAGAGGCUCAGGUUUAUGAUUACACUUGGAAAAGGGAGAGUCGGAAGGGAGCGUUACAAUCAUGUUUAGUAAAUCAAUAAGCCACCGAAUAUGACAGCAGGACAGUGACUAGGCACCCCCAUGACCGGUCAUUCGCACCCUUCUUCUUCUUCUU